AUGACGGUCCAUAAGUCAUCUGACUUGGACAACAGCAUGGACUCAGAGCAACGUCCUGUCGCAGAGAAGCAUCUUCUCAACACCACAAUCAAGAAUUUCACUUGGCGCAACGUCACUGUAACAGUCAAAAAUAGAGAAACAAAACAGCCCAAGGCAAUCGUGGACAAUGUCGAAGGCAUAGUCGAAGCAGGCGAGAUUUGCGCCCUCAUGGGCCCCUCAGGUUGCGGUAAAACAACACUUCUUAACGUACUAGCACGCCGUCCAACGAAUGCGAGCAGUGUUGAAGCAGAAGUCAACAUUAACGGAAGCCAUUUAUCCCUUGCCGAGUUCAGAGAAGUCUCGUGCUUUGUCGAGCAGGAAGAUGCCCUCAUUGGCUCGUUGACUGUUCGAGAAACACUCGAGUUCUCAUCGCGGCUCGCCAGCUCAAGCUCUUUGUCUAAGAAAGAACGGAUCGUCCGCAUGAACAACCUCCUCGAGUCUUUCGGUCUAGUCGAACAAGCCAACACCCUUAUCGGAACGCCUAUUCGUAAGGGUAUCUCAGGUGGUCAGAAACGUCGUGUCGGUGUUGCGAGUCAACUCAUCACUAGUCCCAAGCUUCUCUUUCUUGAUGAACCGACAAGUGGUCUCGACUCAGCUGCCAGUUUAGAAGUUGUUAAAUAUCUUCGCGAUGUGGCCAAGCGCAACAACCUUAUUGUCAUCUGCUCUAUCCAUCAACCAUCCACAUCGACCUUCAACUUAUUCGACAAGCUGCUCCUCCUGUCUGGCGGAAAGACCCAUUACUUCGGCCCUGUAAACAGUGUUGCGGCAUAUUACUCCGAAGUUGGAUCUCCGCUACCUCAAUAUGUCAACCCUGCCGAGCAUCUUCUUGAGCUGGUCAACAUUGACUUUGCCCAGGAUAGAGGCGAGGCAACAAGAGACUUGGAAAUACUUCAAGCCGCAUGGAAAAACUCACGACAAGUGAGUGAAGUCAACACUGCAAUCAAGUCUGCCGAAUCUUCGGGUGGUGACUGGAAUAUCGAUGCAAUUGAGAAGAGGCCUAGCAUGUUUAGUCUUACGCUUACUCUUCUCCAUCGAAGUUUCAUCAAAAGCUAUCGAGAUGUUGUAGCCUACGGCAUUCGUAUCGCUAUGUAUCUUGGUCUCGCCAUCAUGAUGGGAACUGUCUGGGUGAGGCUCGACCCUGCGCAAGAGUCUAUUCAGCCAUUCAUCAACGCCAUCUUUUUCGGCUCAGCCUUUAUGAGUUUCAUGGCAGUGGCUUAUGUCCCUGCUUUCAUUGAAGAUCGGCUCCAAUACGUCAAAGAGCACCACAAUGGCCUUUAUGGAGCAGCGGAACUUAUUAUAUCCAACUUCUUCAUCGGCGUUCCUUACCUGUUCCUUAUUUCUAUUCUCUUCUCAGUCAUCUCAUACUGGCUUUCCAACUUCCAGCCAACUGCAAAGGCCUUCUUCACCUGGGUUCUGUGGCUGUUCCUCGAUCUGCUCGCUGCAGAGUCACUUGUUGUCUUUAUGACAUCCCUAUUUCCCAGCUUCGUCAUCUCUCUCGCACUGGUGGCCUUUGCGAAUGGCCUGUGGAUGUCGGUUGGUGGCUUCAUGGUGCCUCCAACUAUCCUUAAUGUCUUCUACAAGUACGUCUUUCACUAUUGGGACUACCAGAAGUAUGUGUUCGAGGGUAUGAUGGUCAAUGAGUUUGCCGAUCGAGUCUACAGCUGUGGUGACGGAUGCCGCUGCAUGUAUCAGUCAACCCUGGCGGACCAGUGCAAAAUCGAAGGACAGGCUGUUUUGAAUCAGUAUGGAUAUUCGAAUGGACAUAUGGGACGCAAUGUCGGCAUUAUGAUUUCCAUCAUUGCUGGAUACCGACUGGCGUCAUGGCUAGUUCUGGUAUUGAGGAGGUAA